AUUGGUAUUAUCAGAAGAUUGGCUACCGAUUCGCAGCACUCGAGGAACUUAAAUGGAGCUACUCUGCCUGGUUGGCCACUUAGUCGUUCGCGAAUUUUGGACUACUUCAAAGGUGAAGGAAGGAAAUAAUGAGAAAAGUCGCUUAUAGUGGUUAUUGGACGGUUGUGCUGCUGACCGCAAGUCUUCAGGUUGUUCUGGCACAAUUGACGAAUGUCUGCCAUCAAGAGGAGGAUGGCACUCGACUUCCGUUGGCCACCCACUGCUCCAGAUUUGUGGUUUGCCUAAAGGGUGAUGUCUCCAUUAUUGGCAGUUGCCCAAGGGGUCUCCACUUUAAUCGGGAGCUAGGGGAGUGUGAUUUCCAAUGGCGAGCCAACUGCCUCGGACUUUCAGCCUUUGCUGAAGUGGAUGAUCAGUGUACCUGUGACUGUUGCGCCGAGGAGUGCCAAGACCCAAUCGAAGACAUCGAGGAACCUACCACCACAGUCACUGAGGACUGCGAUACCCCUACUUCGGUCACGAACCCUGCCGAUUCAACAGAUACCACGGAUGCAACCACAGAUUACGAUGACUCCAACAACUCAUCCAAUACAACACCUUCUACUCCAGGAGUAGCGCCCUCGUAUUGCAAUAGCUCCCGCGGGGAUUGCGCUGAUAAGGACACAGGCACCUAUAUAGACAUGCCUGGAAUCUGUGUUAAGUUUAUCCAAUGCAAUAAUGGAUGCGUCGAGGAAAUACAGUGCCCUUCCGGAUUGUACUUUAACAAGGAUACAAACGGUUGCGAUUACUGGUGGACCGUGGACUGCACACCGACCGCCGAUGCUUCAGAUGAGAUCGAGGGACCCUCGGGAACCACCUGCUCUAACCAGGGCAAAUGCUUCGGGCAAAAAGAUGGAACGAAAUUUAAAGACGACGAAUCAAAUGGAUUCCUCGUCUGCCAAUGCCAGUGCCCCAUAGCGAUGCCUUGUGCCGAGGGUCUGCAGUUCAAUGAGACGGCUCAGGUGUGUGAUUGGGUGAGAACAAGUUCAUCUGCGAGAGAGUCUUCAGCGGUUGUUUGUUACGAUGGACUGGUUUACAAUGCCACUUCUGAUCAGUGCGACUAUCCUGAGAACUAUGUACCCGAGGUGACCUGCAAUUCCACCAGUACGUUGUGCCAGGACCAGCCAGAAGGAGAACUAUUUCCAGUAGAGGGCAAGUGUAAUAUGUUCUACAAGUGCAACUUCAACUGCGCCGUGGAGCAAUAUUGUCCGAACAACCUGGUUUACAAUAAGAAUAUAAAGGAAUGCGAUUAUCCACAGAACUAUGUUUGUGAGUGGGAAUACACUCCGCCCACGGGUCCCAAUGCCGGACCUUCGGGAAUCGCCUGCGAAAGUAAUGGUCGUUGUUUGGGUCAACGCGAGGGUACUUAUUUCAACUCCACAACGAAUUGUGGCAAAUAUGUCGUCUGUCAGUGUGAAUGUGAAGUCGAGAUGGAGUGCCCUGAUGGAUUGUACUGGGACCAAGACAAGCUGACCUGCAACUAUGAAGACAGCGUAAAGUGUACUCUCUAAAUGACCAAAUUUUUGAAUAAAGUAAUUCAUUGUCAAAACGA